UUACUUUGGGGCCUGAAACUGGAAGGUUUUGGAGGGCCUUGAGCACUGCAAGCAUGACGGGAUCAAGUGCCUCUGAAGUCAUCUUUAUCUCUGUCAACCACAACAUCACUUUGAUGGGGAAGGUGUGGCUCGUUGUGAUGAUCUUCCUCCGUAUCCUGAUCCUCCUCUUGGCAGGUUAUCCUCUCUACCAGGACGAGCAGGAGCGAUUCGUGUGUAACACCAUUCAGCCCGGCUGUGCCAACGUGUGCUACGAUCUAUUUUCUCCCAUCUCUCUCUUCCGCUUCUGGCUGGUGCAGCUCGUCACCUUGUGUCUCCCCUACUUCAUCUUCAUCAUCUACGUGGUCCACAAGGUCUCGAAUGGCCUCACCGUGGACCUGAACCCCACAGGUCACACCAAAGCCCUGUCGUUGCUCAAGAUCCACCAGGAGCCGUUCAGCAAGACAUCGGUAAACAAGAUGGCUGAGCGAGGGUGGGCCCGGUGCUUCACGGGAGCCUACAUCCUCCAUCUGUUGUUCAGAACAUUGCUGGAGGCCGGGUUUGGGGCAGCUCACUACUAUCUGUUUGGUUUCUACAUCCCCAAGAGGUUCCUGUGCCAGCACACACCGUGCACCACCCAGGUGGACUGCUACAUCUCCAGGCCCACCGAGAAGACCGUGAUGCUCAACUUCAUGCUCGGCGUGGCAACUUUGUCCCUUUUCCUAAACGUGCUGGAUUUCAUCUGCGCCAUCAAGCGCUCGGUGAGGCAGAAGAGCAAGAGCAAGAUGAUGGUGGUGGAGAAGAUAUAUGAGGAAGAGCAGUGUUUCCUUUCAGGCAGGGGAGCCUCGAGAGGAAUGGACCCAAACGCUUCACCGGCUAAGCAGGAACAAGAAGCAGAGGCUGGUCACACGGGGAGUUUCCGGAAAAGGCGAGGCAGCAAGGGCUCUUGUGGAGGUCUUGCUUUAGGUCAGGAACCACCCUGCCUUGGGCGCUCCUCUCUUCCACGCUCUCCAGGACACCCAAGCUGCAACACCAAUGGAAACAACGGCUACUCUGUUUCCCAAGAGGAAGCUCUGGAAAGGAAUGGCAGCGAGGUGGCUCUCUACCCCCCAGAGCCAAUGGAGACACCCAGAUCAAUCCGUGUCAGCAAACGCGGUCGACUCAAACCGCCACCUCCACCCAGGCGGGACCUUGGGUCUUCCCCCAGGGAGCCAGCAGGGCCCUUUGGAGACGUUUCCACAAAAAUUUGUACCAGAAGGGUGGGUCAGUAUACGCUGGUUGAGCUGGGUAGCGGCGCAGAGCCACAGGCCAAUGAUGAAGAGAAAAAAUCUGAGUGGGUGUGAGGGUUGGAUUGCUUUAUUUCCAGGUUAUUUUGGAGCACAAGGAUGGGACAAAUGGGUGCGUAAGCAAUGUGAUAAACAGAGAGAUAACCCCAGGCUUACACAGUGGCAACAACUGAUGGAGCCGACAUCCUGCCAAGCUCUCUACCUCCAUUUUAAAAUGCACACUGCACUGCCACUUGACGGGAAUCCACAACGACAAUACAUUCACAAGACACUUUAGACCCACGAGGCACAGUCGCAUUUGAUGUGAUUUCAACACGCCAUCAGAUCACGUUGCCUUUUGAGAGGCACGAGCUGAGUGUUGAAAGUGACAAGAAUUGAAGUCCUGAAAAGGAACUCUCUGAACAAAACGAGUCAAGAAUGACAGCACACUCUGGCCUUCAGCGUCCUGUAACAAACCUCAACCUUGAGAAGAUCUAAAAGAGAGCAGCCCACCUGUUUCUUCCCUCGUUGGCUUUUACCCCCACCUCCCCGGACACACUGUCCAUAAACAACGACAGGCCUUGACCUGUCCCACAUAUAUAUAACCCCACCCCUCACUCUGUA